AUGGGACAUAACAUAAGUGAAUUUAAAGAUAUAUUUGGAAAUGUUAGCUUCUCUAAAACAACUAAUGAGGCAAAAGAAAUAUAUUUCGAAAGAAAUAUAAUAGUCUCUGAAAAAGAUAUACAUCUUCAAAGCAAAUUAAAUGUUGAACAAAAAAGGGCAUAUGACAUAAUUCUUGAAAGAGUAUAUUCCAAUAAAUCAGGAGCUUUUUUCAUUGAUGGUCCUGGUGGAACAGGAAAAACUUUCCUUUAUCGAGCUUUGUUGGCCGCUAUAAGAACAAAAGGAUACAUAGCUUUAGCAACUGCAAGUUCUGCUGUCGCAGCUUCAAUACUUCCAGGAGGACGAAUAGCUCAUUCACGUUUCAAAAUUCCUAUUGACAUCGAUGAAAAUUUCACUUGCAAUAUUAGUAAACAAUGUUCAUUAUCGACUCUAAUUCAAGAUUCAAAGUUAAUUGUUUGGGAUGCAGUCUCAAUGGCAAAAAAAAACACCAUUGAAGCUCUUGAUACACUUUUAAAAGAUCUUAUGAAUACAAAAACACUUUUUGGUGGAAAAGUUGUAGUUUUUGGGGGAGAUUUUAGACAAACACUUCCUGUUGUUCGUAAUGGGAAAAAAGAAGAUUUUAUUGGUCAAAGUUUAUUAUACUCCCAUAUUUGGAAUCAUCUCGAAAAAUUGUGCUUAUCUGAAAACAUGCGUGCAAAACAAGAUCCAGCAUUUUGUGCAUUUUAA